AUGGCUUCGAAUAUAGUGCCGACUUGGCCGCCCGCCAAGAUCCCGGUUGAGAUCUUUGACGAGAUCACCACAUACCUGUCCCGGUUGGAUGUUAAGAAUCUCCGCCUGGUCAAUCGCGAGUUCGAUCAGAUGAUUUCAGCAAAAUACUUCCGCAACGUCGUGGUUCCCUUCCGCUCGGAGAUAUACCAGGCUAUGAAGAAGAAGGCGUUUUUGGAGAACGAGGACAACGAGCAGGCACAGUCGGGCAAAGACACGCUCUUCUCAAGUGGAAUGCGGAUCUUCCAGUCUUUCGGCGAACACAUUCUACGUUUCGCCCUGUCCCUCGAACUCGACGAAGAGAAUCUCGCCUACCCACCCAUCAAACCGACACAGGAGGCCAUCACCUCGUACUGGGGCAUCUACCGGUGGCCCCACGAAUCUUAUCUACGAUACACGGAACUUGAGGGACUGGAGCAGACUGCUGACGAGACAGCCUCUAUGAUGGAAGCUCUAGGAUAUUUGGCCAAAGUGCAGGAAUUGGGACUGUGCUGCGACGCAGGACUGGGCUAUCUCUUGGGCCCUGAUCAACAGCUGGAGAGCCCCCCGUUGCCGCAUCCCGUCUUCGGCUUGCGCAACUUGCGAUACCGGACACUGCAGCGACACCUCCGAAUCAACUCGGAUUCUAUGAACGCCCGCAAGCUCGCCUUCGAGAGUCCUCGAGACUUCAAGUAUACCGUCCUUGAGUCAAUGGUGAGAAAAGCCGGAUACGCGCAAGACCAGGCCAAGGAUGCCAUUGCGAUGCUCUUGAGUACCGAGAACGUCUCGUUGACGAGUAUCGACUUUGAUGAGCGUACCGCCGCCGCCGCCGCCGCUCUGGCCAGCUCCGAGAGCCAAGUCAUCAACCGCGCCGUGCUUCAACACGUUGAUGCCGCUCCUGACCAGGAUCACGAUGACACUUUCACACGAACGCUGAUGGCGGUACUCAGGGACUCGCCUGCGGGCUAUCCGUUGCAGCCCAGAAACCUGACCAGAGGGCAGAAGGAGAUGUUGUUGGAGCUAGAGUGGGCCCAUCGAGCUCUUAUCCAGUCAUACGUGAUCGCGCUCAUUGACAAUGCCCGGCUGAGCAGAUUUAACUCGCUGACGACCCUGACGAUCGCCAAGAUACCCAGCAGCCAUAUUUUUAUGUUCCAGAGGCCGGACUUUUGGCAAAGCUUACCCAACCUCACCAACGUUGCUCUGGCCGUUGUCGCCGAUUGGCGCCAAGUAGCCAAGGUGGCGCCUGGCUGCGUUGAGGACACCUUCGUCUCUCCCGUGGAGUCCGUCCUCAAGGUUCAGAGCUUACUCCAGGACCACAUCGCAACGCAAGAGAACAUCAAGUUUCUCCACUUUGAGUGGAUUUGCGGCGGCGAGUUCGCACCCGGCACGACUCAGCGCAAUCUGUACGUGCUUCCGGCUCCAUUUUGCUCGCCCGAGCAAAUGGUGCAUCCCGAGACCGCCAAGUCGCCGGAUGUCUUGCUCUCAUUGCCGCACGUUAGGCAUCUGUCGCUGAAAAACUGCUAUGCGACGCCCCACGUCUUCCUCCAAGCCCUCCGAACGAUGGCAGGCCAGUCACUGCAGAAGCUCGAGUUGGAGACCGUAUCUCUCACAGGUUCGCCCACUCGGGAUCAGGCCCAUUUGAAUGCUGCAGUCCAUCAACUACAUGCCCAUGUCGGAGCGCCGAUUCAAAUCCAGAUACAGGCUCCAGGCCCGGUGCAUGCUCACGGCGUGGCUCAAGCUGCUCAACCGAUUGCUCAACAACAGCCGCCCCCGGUGCCACCCGCCCCUCUUCAACAGCAAGUCAACUUGCCCCUAGCUUUGGGCUUUGACCAAGGGGGUGCGGCGGUAUUGCCACCACCGGCUCAACCUCCAAUGGGCAACAUGGGCGCUGGACCGAAUCAAGUCCCUCCGUUACCGCCGAACCAGAUCCCUAAUUGGAAUAGGAUGCGGCUUAAGCAGCCAAAGCUGCUGUCUUGGGCGGGCAUCAUUGAGCGCGUUUCUCCGGCACCUUCAAUCCACGAGCUGAUGGCUAGUCAAGGCGAUGAGCUGGACGAAGACGAUUGGGUCGAUGGUUUCGUGCGUCGAGACGAUGGCUUCUCUUUCAUUCCUCGUCCGCACGGCCUUGUCAGAGACAAGGCUUCCCUCGCGAUUGAGCACCUGUCGUUCAAGUCCUGCGGCUACGUACUUGUGGACACUUCCUCCAUUGACAAUACCGGUAUCCUGGGAAGUCAUUCACCAAGACAGGCGUCUCAGGACGUUAUAUCGAGGCGCAGAGAGUUGGCGUCUCUCAUGCAGGUGUGUACCGACAGGUUGGCAGCGAAGAUCACCAACCAUAUCACACCCCAGGAGCAAUUCAAUCUGACCACUGCAUUCGGCGUGGAUACGGAGUGGAACAACGUGUACGACGAGGGAGUUAUUGAAGCCGCAAAGAUGGACGGCAUCGUGCAUCCUGGCCGGGGACGCUUCAGCGGAGUCAUCACCAAGACAGUGCGCCAGGGUUGA